AUGUUGGAUGAUGUGCAACUGGGAUACUAUGAUUCAGCUGACAGAAGAUAUGUCUGCCGCCGCCCGCACACCAAUUCAGAAGACUAUGAUAGUGAACAGAAAGAUGCUGCUGUUGUGUUUGGAAGUAUGUUUGAGGACAUAAAAUAUACAACCACACGCCUAAAAAAACAGUUUAACUCCACAAAUGUUAUCCCCCACCCACCACCCUCACCAUCUGAAGAGAUUGAUGUAUUUCAGAGGAUCACUGGGUGCGAGCUGUUGGAUGGUGAUGUCCCAGGACAGGUUAAGUUAUUAGAUUAUUACAGUGGCUUUGCAAGAGACCUGCAGGAAAUGAACUUCAACUCACAAAAGAAGACUUUAGUGUGGAGCAUGGAUUCGAUAAUCGACUGGCGUAUUUACACUGAAAGUGGUGCCAAAGCGGUGUUGGAAAAUAUUUAUCAUCCUAUAUGUAUCAAAAGCUUAAGGAGGUACUUUCAGAGAGAGAAAAGAUAUUUGCUGAGAAAAGUGAAACCCAGAGUCAGGCUUCUCAAGAAGACACUCACACACUCUACAAGGACUCAAGUGACAUGUCUGGCUACUGGUUUUUACCCCCGCCACAUUAACCUGACUCUGCUUAGAGAUGGUCAGCCAGUACCUGAAGACCAGCUUACUGGAGGGUUACUGCUACCAAAUACUGAUGGAACCUACCAGAUGAGGAAAAGUCUGGAGGUCAGUGCAGGGGAAGUAAAAUGUAACUACACCUGCAUAGUCACCCACCUCAGUCUGGACAACAAGUUGGACAUCAGUAUUGAUUAUGAUCCAGGUCCAUCCAUCCUACCCAUAGUACUCUUUGUACUGGUGGCCUUAUUUGUGUUGGUGAUGAUACCCAUUGCUGGCUGCAUUGUAUGGAAGAAAUGUGCAGUGAAGCUUCCAGUCAGUAUCCUCCAAAAGGCUCUCAGAGAUUCUGGAGGGAUUCAGGUGACCUGUCUGGCCACUGGUUUUUACCCACGUCACAUCAACUUGACCCUGCUCACAGAUGGCCAACCCUUGUUUGAAGGCCAGAUCAGUGAAGGGAUGCUAUUGCCUAAUGCUGAUGGAACCUACCAAGUGAGGGAGUGUCUGAAGAUCAGUGAAGACGAACUAAGAGAGAGACACAAAUAUACCUGCACUGCCACUCACCUCAGCCUGGACAACAAGUUAGACAUACAUAUUGAUUAUGACCCAUGA